AUGUCAGCACCAUCGCCAUCGCAUGAAUCUUCGAAGUCACCCCAGCCCAGCUUUCAUAAUGAGACCAUGGUCAAGGUCAUCAUUGGAGGCAUGGUACUCACAUCAGCAGGGUUCGCCAUGUACACUCGUCGGACGGGGUCAAUGUUGAAACAAAUGGAGCAUGCUACCAAAAGCAAGGCCAACCGAACGCCACCUAGAAAACCUGGCCCCAUGACCGAAGCGGAAUGGGAUAAAGUGCGUCCUCGAAUGGAUAAAGACGAAUUUUUCUAA